AUGACGAUCACCGACGCCGAAGCCCAGCCGCUCCUCUCACCGGCCACCUCUAGCAGCUCAAGCACGACGCCGUACUCCAAUAACUUCAACAAAAUAUCGCGUCGUAUCGAAGACGAUGUGCUCCCCGAAGCUUCCUCCCUGGGCCGCACGCUCUCCUGGCAGAGUGCUUAUAUCCUUGUCAUCUCCCGAGUCAUCGGCAGUGGUAUCUUCGCAACGCCGGGCUCCAUAGUUCGCGCCGUUGGCAGCCCGGGGCUAGCUCUGCUGCUGUGGGUCGUGGGUGCUGCCGUGGCCGCUUGCGGCUUGGCCGUUUCGUUGGAAUUCGGCUCCAUGCUGCCGAGGUCGGGCGGCGACAAGGUGUACCUCGAGUUCACAUACAGGCGGCCGCGCUUCCUCGCCUCGACACUGGUGGCUGUCUAUGCCGUCCUGCUCGGCUUCACGGCCAGCAACUGCAUUGUCUUCAGCCAGUAUGUUCUGUUCGCACUGGGCCAGGAGCAGGCGGGCGAUGUUCUCCGCAAGGGGCUGGCUGUGGCAUUGCUCGCAGCCGUCACCGGAGUCCAUGCCGUAUUCCCCAAGACAGGCGUCCGCUUGCAAAAUUUCCUAGGCUGGGUCAAAGUUGGCAUCAUCAUAUUCAUGAUUUUGUCUGGCCUGUACGUCGUGCUUCUGCGUCCGCAACAGCGACUACCAGCGCAAGGGUCUAGCCUGGCAUGGGACACACUUUGGGAACAUUCAAACUGGAACUGGGGAAUCAUCGCGACGUCGCUGUUCAAGGUCUUCUACUCUUUCGCUGGGCUGGACAAUGCCAACAACGUGCUGAACGAGGUCAAGGAUCCCGUGCGGACCUUGCGGUCUGUCACAUUCACUGCGCUCAUUACGGCUUGCGGGUUGUACCUGCUCAUUAACGUGGCCUACUUCAUCGUUGUCCCCAUCGACGAGAUCAAGGAGAGCGGCGAAUUGAUUGCAGCGCUCUUCUUCGAGAGGGUCUUCGGACCCGGCGUGGGGCGCAUCAUCUUACCCUUGGCCGUCGCCCUGUCCGCUGUGGGAAACGUACUGGUCGUGGCCUUUGCUCAGGCCCGGCUCAAACAGGAGAUUGCCAGGCAGGGCUUCCUUCCCUUUUCUGAGAUUCUCUCAACAACACGCCCCUUCAACUCGCCGAUAGGAGGGUUGGCGGUACACUUCGUGCCCUCCCUCCUCGUCAUAACACUACCGCCAUCGCGUGAGGUAUACUCUUUCAUCCUAGAAGUAGAAGGCUAUCCUGGCCAAUUCUUUUCCCUGGCAGUGGCAUUCGGCCUCGUGUGGCUGCGGUUCAAGCGUCCAGAUCUGAAGAGGCCGUUCAAAGUCUGGCUGCCUGCUGUGGUGCUGAAGAUCUGUUUGAGUCUCAGCCUGCUCGCUGCACCGUUCUUCCCGCCGCCAAAUCGGCAUGAGGGCGAACUUUUCUACGCCACAUAUGCUAUCGUUGGUGUGAGCAUUAUCACCGCUGCGACAGUGUACUGGUAUGUUUGGACGCGACUCAUCCCGAGGCUUGGGGGAUACAGAUUGGAAGAGAAGGUUGAUGUGCUCAAAGAUGGGACUAGCAUCACUAAGCUGAUUCAUGAACCGUUGUGA